AUGCUUAGUGAGAAAAAUGUAGAAGCUAAUGACAUCCCCAAAAAAUCUGAGGUAAUCGAAAUCUCCAGCGAUGAGGAAUCAGAUAAUUCCUAUUAUAUGGAACAUGUCAAAGCACAAAACCUUAAAAGGUCUAGCUCUCUCAUGAAUGGGAUGGAUGACCAAAACCAAAGCUCUCUUCCCAAAAGGCUGAGAUUGCAAGAUUUUCCUGCAGAAGCUUCAGCAGCAGCUGAAAAAGAAGAGAUCAACCAUCAAGAUGACUCAGAUACUAAAGAGUGA